CCAUGUGUUUGAGCAACAUUCAUUACAACUUUAAUACAGUGAUGAGAACAAUCAAGAACAACAGUUUUUAACAAAAAAAAUGCUCUCUCCUAACCGGCAUUUCUCCUCCUUCUCUCAUCUCAAAGUUACAGUAACAGUAAUAGUUCAGUCUCGUUUUUCUCCGGCGGUCGCUGACUCAUCGUCUCUGUUCUUUCCUUUGAUGUCUUCUAAUGUUCUCUCCUUCUGUUGUCUCUUUCCGUUUUCUUCUUCAGCUACAGAUUCAGGUCGUUUCGUCUCAGAUCCGGGUUCUGGUGCUCCUCUAGUGGGGCUAUGGGUGGUGGUGCUGCUUGAGGAUGGCGGUGGCGGUUUCUAGGCUGCAAUGCAGGUUGCCCUAGGGUUUUCUUCCGGUCCAUUUUCCAUGUACCUCGUUAUGGCGUCAUGUCGAGCCGAAGUUGUGUGCGAUGGUAGUUUUGUUUAGAUCUGAUAUAUAGCGAGUCAAAGAUCUUUCUCCUCUAGCUCCUCUGGUGGUCUCUGGAUGAGGCGUCUGGGUUCGUCGAUUGUCGGGUUGUGUCUCGAUUUUCAGGUUUUCCCAGUGGCAACGUGUGGUAGGAGUGUGUGGAUUGAACGGUGCGUUGUGGUAGUGCGUGUCACCGGAAAUGCUUAUUUUGCUCUGAUUAAUGAGCUAAUCCAAUGUUCCGGUGAUUUUCCUUGUCCACUCCUUGGAGUUUUUGGUGUCUCCAUGCGGCAGUGGGUCACUCGGUUCUGUGCGGUCUUCUCCCUCUAUAUGUGGGUUCGGUUCAAUGGGUGUAGACGGUCCCAAGGGGUCGGGUCUGAAGAAGACAUUCUUCAGGUCUGCUUUUCGAACGACGGCAUCGUCGCAUGGACACUUGCUCUCGUGCCUUCAGGGGUGAAUAUGUCUGGUGUUUUUGGUAGGUCCAUGCUUUGAUUCUUCAGCCAGUUUGUGGUUUGUGUUGGGUUGAGUUUCGGAAGAUGCAUGAUCCGUAGCUUCUAAGUUUGAGGGUGCCUAUAUCUCGGCUCGUGGCAACUAUCUCCUGUCUCCGGCCACGAGCCUUUCCAGCUUGCUUUGGUCUUUACCCGAUCCACGCUUAGCUGGUUGCUAGUCUAGCUUUCUUGCUAUGGUUUCUUGUCAAUGUCGUUUUUGUUAUAUUGCGUAAUUUAAUUUUCAUAUUUCGCUAUUUGUUAUCUUUGUAAUUGCAGUCAAAAAAUUGAAAAUUUGGUUUAAUUUAACAUAUUACCAAAAAAAAAUUAAUAGUGUUAGAAAAAUAU